GUACUAUUUCGUGGCGGUAAAACAACGCUAGAUAAUGAGCGUAGUGUUUUCAAUUUCGAGUUUGAUAACAAAAUAUACAAAAGCCGAUUGCAGCUACGAAAAUGGUUAAUAGGACUCUUGAUUUUCUUAUUUGUAUCACUAAUUAUAAUAAACACGUUCAACACGGAUCAGUUUCGAGCGGCACGGUAUGGAACCAUUAUCAACGAUACUUCGCAAGAGAACUACGUAGAAUUGAAGUCUUACUUCGCGUCUAUAGCCAAUUCUGGUUUCGUGGUUCGCAACAAGGGUUGUCGAAUUCCAGCGAUGGACCCUUUCGAUUCGGCGAUCACACGAUUCAUCGAGAAGGAAAAGCCACUUGUUUGCGAACACGGAGGUCACUUACCGUUGGUCGACUCGAACAACACAGCAUUGUACAUAAAUGCAGACGCGAUCAGCCAUUUUUACAACAAUUCGGAGGAAAUUGAUUGCUGCUGGAGGCCGUUCUGGCGAAUGAAGAACGAGGAUAACAUUGUUACGUACGGUAACGAGUGUUUCAAGUUCAAAAAUUCGACGGCUGUGAACACCGAGUUCGUGAAAGUAGAAUGUUCGCGCAACAAUGAGAUGAUAUACAAGGAUUAUCACGCAUUCGUGCCUCGUUUCCGCUCGGUGGAGAAUAAAUGCAAGAAAGCUAGGGCGGCCAGUUCGAGGAAUGAGUAUCUGAGCGUGUUGAUAAUCGGCCUCGACUCGAUCUCAAGAUUGAAUUUUCAUCGGAUGAUGCCGAAAACUGUCCACGCGUUGCAAGAGCUCGAAGCGGUGGAACUGUUGGGCUAUACCAAAGUAGCUGAUAACACGUAUCCGAAUCUAGUGCCUGUGUUAAGCGGCUUGUCCGAGUCAGAAUUGCACGAUUUAUGUUGGCAAAAUAAAAACAAACCAUUCGACGACUGCCCAUUCAUUUGGAAAAAUUUCAGCGCAUCCGGUUAUCGGACGGGUUUCGGCGAGGACGCCUGCGGCAUGACCAUCUUCAACUAUCUGAAACGUGGUUUCCGGGCUCAACCGACCGAUUACUAUCUGCGACCAUUCUGUAUCGCCUCUGAGAAGGACAUCGGCAACACGCACAAACUGAACGCGAAUCUCUGCGUUGGGACCAGAAAGACGUUCGAAAACCUGCUGGACUAUGCCAAGAAAAUCGCCUCACAAUUCCACGGGGACUCGUAUUUCGCGAUGAUCUGGCAAGCAAGCUUGACCCACGAUUUCUUCAACUAUCCGCAGUUGGGCGACCUUUCCUAUUACAACCUGAUCACCUAUCUGUCCGCCCAACGGCUGUUGAACCAAACAGCGUUGAUAGUGAUGAGCGAUCACGGGAUGAGAUGGGGAAGCUUCCGGCAGACUUAUCAAGGAAGAAUGGAGGACAGCCUGCCGUUUGUGUUCAUCGUGUUGCCUCGAUGGUGGAGGGAAAAGUAUCAAAUAGCCUGGGCGAAUUUCCGGAGGAACACGCGGAGUCUGACAACGGCGUUCGACUUGCACGAGACCCUGAUCGACAUGCUGCAUUCCGAGAACCUGGAGGAGCCGCGUCUCAAGGCUCGGUUCAGAGCGAUGCCGAAGAACGACAAUUUGCCACGGGGUAUCAGCUGGUUCUUGCCAAUUCCCGACUACAGAACGUGCUCCAUGGCGGGUAUAGCCAGCCACUGGUGCAUGUGUCACAACAGCUACGAUGUCCCGCCGGAAGACGAGGGCCUUCGGGACAAGGCGGUCUUUCUACUCUCGGAAUUGAACAAGAUGCUGAAGAAAUUCGUGCAGUGCGCAGUAUUGAAACUGAAGGAGAUCAAAGCCGCGAAAGCGUGGAAGGGCGAGGAGGGUGAGAAGAGUCAACUGGUCGAUUAUACAAUCACAGUUCAAACAGAACCUGGUGACGCGAUAUUCGAGGGAACGAUACGAUACAGAAGCGAGGACAAGACUAACAAAUUGGUGGGAUCAGUUAGCAGAUUGAAUGCAUACGGCAAACAAAGCGCCUGUGUCGACGAAUUCAAUAUGAGGCUAUACUGUUACUGUUUGUAG